UUAUCGCAUUAUAAAACUCAUUAAUAAAAAUACAAAAUCUGAGUGGCAGACAUUCAAUUACAAGCGAACAUUCGCUGUGAUCGUAGAGAAAUAAUACAUAAACCGAGUGUAUAAGAAAAAAACAUCUAUUUUGGUGUUAAUUUAUUUUAUAAAAAUAAAAUUGUAAAGUUUUGUUAAAACUAAGGCUUUAAGUAAGCAACAAGAGUUUAUAAAACUCGACAAUAAAAUUAAAAAAAAAAAAAAACAUUUUAUGAAUAUAAAAUUUUAUUAUUCCUAAUCAGAAUCAUAUUAUUAAGGCAUUUGUUAUAAACAAAUACACAUUAUUAUAAUUUAACAUCAAAUGGGAAAUUGUUUUUGUUGUAAACAAUUAACAGCGAAAAGAAAGCGAGUCGAAAUUCUUACAACUUGAACGUGCAAACAAAGAAGUUUAAAUAAAGGAAAAAAAAUUAUUAACAGUAUUUGGUAUAAAAUGAUUCUUUCAAGCGCAAAGCGUCUAAUAAUUGUUUGUUGCAUCCUUUUAAAUAUAAUUCAUACUAUACAAGGAGCUGGAAAUCGUACACGUGCUGUUGUUGAUAUUUGUGAUCGUCAGCCCACCAUUAAUGGUUUGUGUGGCUCCUCAACUUUAGGCAUUUAUUAUGAUGCUGAAACUCAACGCUGUAAAUAUUUGGGCUGCAGUCCAGAUAAGAAAAUAUUCUCAUCUCUAGAGGAUUGUGAAAAGAUUUGUAAUAGAAAAAAUCGUCGCCGUCAUAGACGUGUUCGUUAUUCAAAACCAUAAUUGAUUUGUGUUCAAGAAACAUGUGCAUGAUUUCAAUAGUAAAACUGUUUGCAAAUACAAAAAAUCAAAAACGCAAUUUUUUUCUUUCUUAGAAAUAGUGUUUAACUAUAAUUUUAUUGGUAUUCAAUAGAAAUAUUGAAAAUAAAACGCAAUUUUAUUGUUUGUGUUUGUACUGCUGAAAGAA